AUGCUUAUUAAAUUCAUCGUAUAUAUCUUAUUCAUGAUGGUAAAUAGUUGUUCAUCAUCAUUGUUAUUGGAAAAAUUAAGAACACAUAAAGAUAUAACAUAUUUACCAGAAUUAAGUUCAGCAAAUGAAAUUAAUAUUCAUCAAAAUUCACAAUUUCGUUUAUCAUGUGCAUUUUUAUCUAAUUUUGAUAAACUUAAUGUAUUCUGGUAUCAUAAUGGUACAUUAAUUCAAUCAUUUAUUUCGAAAUCAAUUUUGGAAGAAGAAGAUGAUAAUAUUGAAAGUUCUUAUCUUGCUUCUACAAUUGUAUCAACUAUUGAAAUAGAUCAAACUAAUAUUGAUAUGAAUGGAUUGUAUCAAUGUGUAGCAACACAUGAUCAAGUAACUUCACAACAUAGUUUUAACGUUCAUGUUAAUGCAAAAAUCAAUUCAAAUCGAAAAACAAUUCCCGAAGAUGUUUUCAUUACUGUUCAUACAUAUCAAACAUUAUUUGAACCUCGUAGUGAAACAUCAUUAAUGUGUCGUUUUAAUAAUAAUCCAAAAGAUGAAUGUGUAGUGCAAUGGUUUAAUCCAGAAGAUGAACCAUUGAAUACAUUAGGUGAAAAAAAUGAUUUAUUACUAAAAAAUGCCAAUUUUGAAGAUCAUAUGGGAUUAUUUAAAUGUCAAAUUUGUUGUCAUGAGCGUUGUCGAACAUUAACAUCAUUUGUCUAUCCCGCUGCAGCUGAAAAAUAA